AUGCUCAUCACUUUACUGUCACUAAAAGUGUUAUUAUUUAUCAUCGUAAUAUUGAUUGUGAAUUUAAUACAAAAUGGUAAUUGUUAUCAAAAUGAUCUUAAUAAUCUAACGUAUACUUGUCAGUAUCCACCAAAAUUUCUGGCAGCACAUAGUCCAUCUUAUGAAUACAUCUACAUUCCAGGAGAUAUUUUACUCGGUGGAUUUUUUCCUAUUCAUCAACCACCAUCAAAUGAAUUUGGAUCAAUGCAAUGUACAGCAAUUAAACGAGAACGUGGCAUUCAACGUCUUGAAGCAAUGUUAUUCGCAUUAGAUGUAGUUAAUAGACGAACAUCGCAAUUAAUGUCAUCACUACUUGCUCAUAGUAAAAUUCGAUUCGGUGCAAUUAUUUAUGAUUCUUGUGAUUAUGAGGCUUAUGCUAUUGAACGUGCUUUAAAUAUGAUUUUGCCAUCUAUUAAUCAAUGUUCAUCAAUGGAUAAACGAAAACAAUCACCUUUGGUUGCCGGCGUUAUUGGUAGUGCAUCGAGUAUAGUAUCAAUGGCCAUAGCAGAUAUUCUUCGGUUAGCUGAGAUUCCACAAAUAUCUUAUGCUUCAACAAGCACAGAAUUAAGCGAAAAGCUACGCUUUCAAUUUUUUUCUCGUGUUGUUCCACCCGACACAUAUCAAGCUGAAGCUGUAGUUAGCAUUAUUCAAUUUCUCAAUUGGACGUAUGUUGCUGUUAUUAAGGAAACCGGUUCCUAUGGUGAACGCCUUACAGAUGACUUCAAAGCAAAGCUUAAAAAAAAAACUAUUUGUAUUGCGGGCGAAUUAUCAGUGAAUAUAAAAGAUUCUAAUUCAUAUGUACGCGUUAUAAAAGAAUUAUAUGAAGAUGAAAGAUAUCGUUUUGUUAUGGGUGUAGUGGUUUUUGCACAGGAAGAUUCUGUUAGGCAAAUAUUAAAUCAAACAUCAUCAAAAAGUAAAUUUAAUGGGCGUUGGAUCUUUCUCGGAACAGAUGGUUGGGGUAAAAAAUGGUAUCCAGUGGAAAAUUUUGGACGAGCAGCCAUCAAUGCUAUUACGAUUGCUCCUAAAUUAUAUCUAAUUUCAGAAUUUGAUGAAUAUUUCAAAAAUUUGACGCCAUCUAGAAACACUCGUAAUCCUUGGUUUGUUGAAUAUUGGGAAGAAACGUAUAAAUGUAAAUUUGAACAUACAUCAAAAACAAUAUUCAAUCAAAAUUAUACACGUUUAUGUUCAGAUCCUGAUAGUGCAUAUGAAAAUUUUGCUGUGCCUUAUUUUCAAGAAGGUUAUGUUCAUUAUGUCGUCGAUGCCGUUUUUAGUCUGGUUAUUGCUAUACAAAAAUUAAUAGAUGAAAAAUGUUUAAAUUCGUCUACAAUCCAACCGAUUUGUAAUGAAUUCUAUCCAUUUGAUGGAACAAGACUAUUGACAAUUUUACGGAAUAUUUCAUUUCGUAAUGAUUUAUCAAGACGAAAUGUUAAAUUUACGGAAUCCGGCGAUGGCAUUGAAGUAUAUGAAAUAUUCCAAUAUCAAAUAGUUCAUCCAACUGAAAGGCUUGAUUAUGUCACUAUUGGAGAAUAUAGUGAUAGCGAUGCUACUAAUGAAAGAAUUCGUAUUGAUCUUCAAAAAUUAAAAUGGUUUCAAUAUAAUCAGCAAUAUUCGACGUGGUCCGAAACAAACUUUACGCCACGAUCAUUUUGUAGUGAACCAUGUCGUUCAGGUGAAAUACGUACAAGUACAGAUUCUCAACAAUGUUGUUGGACAUGUCGUACAUGUGAUAUAUUUCAAAUAGCUGUGAAUGAAACAACUUGUAUUUCGUGUUCAGAGAAAGAAGCACCUAAUACAAAUUUUACUCAAUGUAUACCUAUUGAUAUAGAAUAUUUAUCAAUAGAAAAUUCUAUAGCAUUACCAGCCUUGGUACUUUCCUCCAUUGGUCUUCUAAUGGCUAUUUAUACUAUUGCUGUAUUUAUGCGAUUUUCUCAUACGCCAAUCAUAAAAGCAUCAUCACGUGAAUUAAGCUUUUUCCUUCUAUCUGGUAUAUGUGCUUGCCAUCUAUGCGCAUGGCCACUUAUUCUUAAACCAAAUAUAUUAACAUGCUUUUUUAUACGCAUUGGUGUUAGUUUAAGUUUAACAAUAUGUCUUGCUGCUUUACUAACAAAAACAAAUCGUUUAGCACGCAUAUUUAAUAAUAAACAACGUAUAGCACAAAUAUCAUGUCUUUCGCCGCGUUCACAAUUAGGUAUAUGUACAGGUAUUGUUAGCGUACAAUUAAUAGGAGUUCUUCUGUGGAUAUUAAUAUCUCCGCCGUCGGUUAAAUUAAAAUCAGAAGUAAAACAUAAUCAAAGACGUUUGAUAUUAGUAUGUCAAACGGACAAUGAAUAUAUAGCUGGCUCAUUAAUUUAUAAUAUGUUAUUGGUUAUUUCGUGUACACUUUAUGCCAUUAAAACAAGACAUAUACCGGAAAAUUUCAAUGAAGCUAAACAUAUCGGUUUUGCUAUGUAUUCAAUAUGUAUCAUUUGGCUAGCAUUUAUACCAAUUUUUUUCGGUCUAAGAAGUAGUGACAAUUGGUUUCGUAUACAAUUUGUUACUCUUGCAAUUUGCUUGAGUUUAUCAGCCACUAUUAUACUUAUUUGUUUAUUUGCACCAAAAUUACAUAUUGUUCUUUUUAAUCCGUCCAAAAAUAAUCCUGAUAAAUUUAAACCAAGAUUAUCAACUAAGCAAAUAUCGGGUCGCUACUCAAAUGAAAAGAAUAAUCUUGGUUCAUGCUUAACACGAACUAUUAGUGAUAAUCAACAACGAUUCACACCAAUAGACUGUACAACAGAAGUAACAUUUUGCAAUUCGAAAUUAGAUGAUUGUGCAUUAAAUAUCAAUGAUGAAAUGACACAAACCGAUGCUUCCUAUGGUAAACAUUCACUUAUUAAUAAUACAUUAAAACAUAGUGAACGACAACGUCAAGAAAAUUUAUUGUCUUCACAAGAUGCUGAAAUAAUGGAUCUACUUUCGACUACACAACAAAGAUCUAUGAAUAUAUGUUCAUCUAAUUUACCUGUGUCAAAUGAAAAUCCAUGGAAAAAAAUGGGUCAUGUUCGAUAUAAAAGUGAGGGACAAGAGGUCAAAGAUACUAAUUCAUCAAGUUAUCACGAUAUUUAUGCUCAGCAUAUCAGUUUUGUCUGA